AAUGGAGUGCGCUGGCAUCAAUGUAAUUAUUGUUCUAAAGAGUUUAAAAAACCAAGUGAUCUCGUUCGCCAUAUCAGAAUCCAUACACACGAGAAACCUUAUAAAUGUACCCAAUGUUUCCGAAGUUUUGCUGUCAAGAGUACGUUGACAGCCCAUAUUAAAACUCAUACUGGUGUCAAGGAUUAUAGAUGUGAUCAGUGUCGUAAACUGUUCUCAACUCAGGGCAGUCUGAAAGUUCACCUCCGAUUACAUACAGGAGCAAAACCAUUCAGUUGUACCCAUUGUGAUAAGAAAUUCCGAACCUCAGCUCAUCGAAAAUCUCAUAUCCAGUGUCAUGUACGUGGAGAAUAUAUACCAGGAAUGGUGGAUAGGAGACCACGAAGAACUAUUAAACGACCACCUAGAUUAUCUGAUGCUAACUUGCCUGAAAUUCCUCUCCAGGAACCAAUUCUUAUCACUGAUACAGGGUUUAUUCAGCAGCCCCCGCGUAACAAUAUGGUGACCCAGUAUCUAGGAGAGGCGGGGUCAGUAGAUAGACCAUAUAAAUGUAAUUAUUGUCAACGUGGAUUUAAAAAAUCUAGUCAUUUAAAACAACAUGUCAGAUCACAUACAGGAGAAAAACCAUACAGAUGUGGACAGUGUAGUAGAUCAUUUGUAUCUAGUGGAGUUCUCAAGGCUCAUCUACGAACUCAUUCUGGUGUGAAAUCAUAUCGCUGUAUUAUUUGUGAAACCAUGUUUACGACCAACGGCAGUUUAAAACGUCACAUGUCAACUCAUAGUGAAGUACGACCUUUCAUGUGUCCAUAUUGUCAGAAAACAUUUAAAACCAGUGUCAACUGUAAGAAACAUAUGAAAACACACAAACAUGAACUGGCUCUACAAGCCAUGAAUCCAGACCCAAACACUCAACAAGUACAACAAGAUGAUGUCACGCUAGCACCAGACGGCACACAGAUUGACCAAUCACAGGCUUCGACAGAUAUACAGUUACUACAGCAACAGUCAGUAGGUCAUACAACAACGAUCGUGUUUGGUCAACAACAAACAUUUGGUGAGGCCAUGCUGAGUAGUCAACCAACCUAUACCUCCCUCGGAAACCAGUUACAAGUAGACCAACAGUUGGCCACAUCCCUAAACAACUCAAUGAACACACCCCUCACUCACCAACUAGCCAAUCAACAUGAUCUAAACAAUCACAUGGCCAAUAUGACCAAUCAAAAUGAGUUAAACAGUCAUGUGACUAACAUGAACAAUCAACACGAUCUGACUGGUCAAGUGAACAAUUUAACCAAUCAGCAUGAGUAUAAUGGUCAGGUGACGAAUAUGACCAAUCAGAUGACAGAACAGUUAAAUCAAGAAAUGAAUAUUCAUCAAAUACAGGUAAGUAAUCUGGAAGAACAGGAUCAAAACGAGCCACCGCAGCAAAUUCUACAGGAAGUAGAAACAGACGACCAGCCUCAGGAAAUCCCUGAUACCUCUGCUUUACUGGCAGACGACAAAACUAGAUCAUAUCAAUGUGGUUACUGUGAGAAAUCGUUCAAAAAAUCAGGACACCUUAAACAACAUAUCAGAACACAUACAGGAGAGAAGCCUUAUAGAUGUUUACAAUGUGACAGAACAUUUGUAUCUAGUGGGGUACUGAAAGCACAUGCUAAAACUCACACUGGCUCUAAAGAUUACAAAUGUCCAAUAUGUAACGCCUUAUUCUCGACCAAUGGCUCCUUGAGUCGUCACAUGGUCAUACACGACAACCAAUCAUUACAGACAGUAUCCUGUCCGUAUUGUAUGGAAUCUUUCCGUAAUAUAUCUCAGUGUAAGCGUCAUAUGAGAUCUGUACAUAAAGCUCACAAAGACAAACAAAAUGAAAAUGAUGUGCCAGUGGUUGAGUCUCAUUUACCAGCCAUGGACACAGAGACUACAACUAUAAUACAAGUCCAGAACGACCAGACAACAGAACUUAAUAAAGUGACAGUAGAGGAGUUGUCAUUGUCUGAAAAAAUACUGAUGGUCUCAUCCGUGGAGAAAGACAGGAUUAGUGAAGUUAAGAAUGUAGAUAAUUCUGACAUGAACUCAGCAGAUUCUAAACAUGCCUAUAAAUGUACCCAUUGUCCUAAAAGUUUCAAGAAGCCCAGUGAUUUACAGAGACAUGUGAGGACUCAUACUGGAGAGAAACCCUAUACAUGUGAUAUAUGUAAUAGAUCUUUUACUGUUAAAUCAACAUUAGCUAGCCAUGUCAAAACUCAUGGAAAUUGUGAUAAAGUUUUCAAAUGUCAUAUUUGUGACUCUUUAUUCUCCACUAAGGGAAGUUUAAAAGUACACAUGAGACUUCAUACAGGGGCACGACCAUUUAAAUGUCCUCAUUGUGACCAUCGAUUCAGAACUUCGGGACAUCGAAAAAGUCACAUUUUAUCCCAUUUCAAAGAUCCAACCACUCAAACGAAGAAACGAAAGACUUUCACUCGC